GUUGGAAAACUUUUCAACAGUUGGAUCCGACAUCAUGGUGUUAUCGUCUGCUGAGACUGCCUUGUCGCUCGUAGCAACGGUACCUCCCUCUCUGCCGAAUUUAGAAAGUUCAAAGCUGUAAUGGAACUUGAUUGGCAGGCGUGUAAUAUUUUGGUAUUUGAUAAGUUGACUCGUUGGCCUCAGAAUCCCAGAACAGGGGAACAUCGGGGAAGGCAAGAUGACAGGCAUGAUCGAGACCAAUUAUCAAUAUCCCCAGAUGGUUAUGAACUGGGGUGUGUACCUUACCAUGCCCGACGGGCAGGGUGGGGUACAACAGGCUGGACAAAGCCUUUAUAGUGAUCCAUGGUCAAGCCCAGUUUCGACAGUAAACAGCGUUAACACCGUAACUUCGCUGUUAAAAACUGGACAAAAUUAUUUCGGAACAGAUGCCUGGUCAUCGAUGCAACUGAAUGGAAUAAAUCCGGCACCAUUCCACACACACCAGCUUUCACCUUAUGGGUCUAUAAACGAUCUAGUGGACCAUUUCAGUGACCUGACAUUAGACCGCAAACCGAACAAAAGACCACCAUCUACAUAUUUGUGUCACCUCUGCUUUACAAAGGGACACUACAUCAAAGAUUGUCCUCAGGCUAGGCCUAAGGGCGAAGGACUGACUCCAUAUCAGGGUAAAAAGAGAUGCUUCGGAGAGUACAAAUGUACUAAGUGCAAAAGGAAAUGGAUGAGUGGAAAUUCGUGGGCAAAUAUGGGCCAAGAAUGUAUCAAGUGUCAUAUUCUGGUGUAUCCCCAUAAACAGCGACCCCUGGAGAAGCCUGAUGGUCUAGACGUCAGUGACCAAAGUAAAGUACACCCUCAGCACCUCUGUGAAAAAUGUAAAAUGUUGGGAUUUUACUGUAGAAGAAACUAACAUUAUAAUAGAUAAAAAACAAACAUGUUAUUAUAGUUCCUGAGGAUAUGGGAAUAAAUCAACAUGGUCAAUAUAGAAAUGCCUAUGGAAUAUAUCACUCAAGGUAUAUUUUUUUAUUUUGUGAUCACAGUAUACACAUUGAGGAUAAAUUUUUAUACACAUUGAGGAUGAAUUUCAUGUAUUUAUAUGAUGUUCUAUGAUAGUAUGAUAUUGUCAGCAUAUAUCAGGAUCUUGUAGUUCCCCUUAUGAAAAAGUUUUCUCUGUCAACCUUCAUCAAGCCAAAAGUUUAGAAGGUCAAAUUAUAUAUUAAUACCUAAUAUCUUACAAAUGUUACAAAACUUGUCAGAAUAAAAAAAAGAAAAAUAUGUUACAGGUUUACCAACCUUCCUUUUAUAAUUUAUUCACAUCUAAAUGUGUUGGAAAUAUUUGGGAAAACUAUGUAUUAGUAAAUUUUUCUUUAGAUUUUGUAAAAGAAUUGAUGUAUUAGGUUAAAUAUCAAAAUGUCCAGGACUAUAAAUACUGCAUAUUUGUGUUUCAUUGAAGGAAGUCAUAUUUAAACAAAACAGCUGUUUUUCAAAUGUUAGUGUGUCAAGUACUAUCCAUUCAUAAGUAUAUGUAGAGACUCUUUAGUACCUUGCGUGUGUGUAUGCCUUCUGAAGUGACAUAAGUGUGUGUUUUACAUACAACAAAGUCCAGUUGUCCUGAAUAUGCAUGUAAUAUCUUCCACUGGACAUAAUGAAAACGGUGAUAUAUCAUAUUUGUUAAAGAAAAAAGGUAUCUCUGUGUGUCCAAAAGUUCACUUAAAAGUUCAGGAACUAUAUAGAUCUCAUAUGUAAUAUACUUACUGUAAAUUCAUGAAUGUGUUUGUUGCUCAAAAGACAAAAAAUUGAGAUAAAUGAACGUUAUUUAAGGGAAAAAAAAGAACAUAUCGGAAUUUAAAAUGUUAGUUCUAAUUAAAGCAAUAUUUAUCCUGUCCCAUUUUCCCCCAUAAAAAAAAUUUGCAAAAAUUAUCUGAAUUUACAGUAUCUAAUUAUAAAUCAUAGGUUUGCAAGAUUCUACAUGGAAAGCCAAAUAACCACAUGUGUGUUUAUAUUGUUUACUUAACCUACCAUCACAAUUUUAAUUGAGAAUUUUGGUUGUAAAGGUUGCAUAAAGUGUUUACAUUGUUUGCCCUAUGUACAAAGUCAAAUUAUUCUGCACUCCCUAAUUUUUAUAUUUAUGGAUUCCUAUGUGGGUUAAUCUGCAAUUGCAAUUAUUUAGUUGAACAUAAAAUUUUCAGAUCAUUCAGUGUAAUCAAAUCAAUUAAAACAGAUGAUAAAUAGGGAGGUUAGACUAGGCCCUGAACUAUAAGCAGACAUGUCUUUUUGUUGUUGUGGCCUUAAUGAACAUUGGUUGUGAACAGCUGACUAAUAUUACAUAUUAUUAUCAUACAUUGAAAUGCAGAUGGCUUUAGAAUCAGUUUACCAUCCAUAUGGGAAUUGCAUAAACAAUAUAAGCAUUUAAAAAAAUGAAGAUAUAUUGCUCAAAGAUAAUUUACAUGACUGUGUCUCUGUUUUGUACUUAUGCGAUGUUGAUGUACCAGUAGGGGGUCCUUAGCAGCAGAAGAUGAAGGAUUUUGAAAUUUCCAAUUAAUAGCCCCAAAGGGAAUAAACAUUUGACAUGCCAAUAACAUUCAUAAUUCAAGAUUAAUACAAGUAAAUAACAUUCAAUAAAUUAUUGUGAUAGUAAAGUCCAAAGUUCACAACAGUUGGCAAAUACACAUCUUAUGUUUUACCAAGGUUUUUUUUGGAAAUUUGACUGAUUGAUUUUGAAAAUAGCUUAAAUAUCAAAAUAAUAAUAAAUCAGUUGUUUUUGGGAUGCAACUUUGUUUUGGAUCAUUAAAAGUAAACAUCUACUAUUACAAUGAAUCUCUGAUGGACACAGAAAUACUAAUGCUAUCACCUCCACAGGCUCGUAAAGUCAAACAAUAAAUUUUGAUCAACUCAUCAUACGAAAUCAGUACAAAACUGGGACAAGUAUAUAUGUGUAUUAACUGGAAAAGGACCAAACCAAAUCACCUUAAUAUAAGUGAUUAGUUGCAUAGGAAAGUCAACAUUCAUUAUAUCACAACCAUUAAUACAUAUGUUGCACAUAUAUAUUAUCUGGGGAAAUACUGAGGGCUCAAUAGGGGGUAGUAAUUAUAUAUGGUUUAAUUUAGGGGAGAUUUUAUUAUAGUUUAAUGUUUAUAUCUCAAACAAAAAUACAAAAAAAAAUGGAGGUGGUGUGUUUUUUAUUGCAUUCUGACACAGACAUUGUUUCUCAAUUCAAUGGUGUUUGAGGUAAAAGAAGGGAAUGUUUUCUUUGAAUCUAUAUAGCUUACUGAUUUAUAAGAUAAGAAAUAUUAGUCAUAGGCAUUCAAACUCCUUCCAUUAACAUAUGUUAUAUUUAGAUGGAUAACAAAGAAAGUCAUCAAUUUCAAUUUUCUACAGCAUCUUUAAGUAUGCAGUGAAACUAUGUCAAUCUCUUAUCUUUAAUCUUCCAAAAAAAAAUCAAAACAGAAUGAUAUAUAGGGCGAGGAUUGUAUCUUGUUGUUUACUCCUAUCUAAGUUUCUACCCACCACUUAAAAAAACAUAUUUUAUCUUCAGGUUUCCUGAAAUGACCUGUAUAUAUAAUGUAUUCAAACAAAAUAUUUUGGUAUAAUUAUGACAUUUGAGAUAUAAUAUUAUUGACUAGUUUCGUAUUUACACAGUUUGACCUCAAAUGUAAGUAAAAUGACCUGGGAGGUGCUUUAUAAGUACUUCAGUGUUUUGAUAGAUUCACACAAUAAUAAGGUCAUUAAAAUCAUCUGAUGAAGAACGACUUUCCUAUGUAACAAAGGGGGAUAACUCUAAAGAUUCCAUCGAUAUAUCAAGAAAGAUUUUUUAUCUGUAAAUUUAUGAUACCAGUGAUCAUGGUUAUUAUUUGUAAAUUUAUGAGAAAGAAGAGAGGGAAAUUUUAUAGUAUUUUAUGUAUAUCAUAUAUAAGAAAUGUCAUAUUUAGACUGUAUUUUGUGUAUAUGAUGGAAAAAGAUUUUUUUAAUAUAAAGAGAAGGUCAGAACUAUCUGUGUAAAUUUUGGUACCAUUUGAACGUUUUUUAUACCAAGGAAAAAUUUUAUUAUUAUUUAUUUAAUGAAAUAUAAUCUUGAAGGGAAUAUUUGUAUAUAUUUAUAGUUUUUAUUUUAAAUGUUGAAUAUUUCAGGUUUUUUGUUGCAAUAUUUGUUCUGCUUUGUUUUGUGGUUGCCAUUUUUAUAUUAAAUUGCAUACCUCAGUUGUGUUGUUUAAAAUCAUUAAACUAAUUUUUUUAAAUCAGUUUUUGAAAAUUUAUAUGCAUUUUCUUUAAAACAUUAUUUAAUUUUAACACGAAUAUUUUUAAUAAAUAAAAUUAUGAUUCUUUCAUAAAAGGUAAAUCACAGCUGGGCCUCUGACCUAUGAGCUGAAAUAAAUUUAAAACAUUGUCUAAACAUGCUCCAGUUAAGUUUCCUCGUUAAAACAAGUUCAUUAAAAUUAUUUGGUUUUUCUAGUCAAUUUCUUCAAAUGGAUAUAUUCAUCAUCAAUUUUGUAUGUUUGUGUUUUUUAUAUUCUCAUAAAUAAGUAUAUUUCUAUAUAAUGAGUUUAUGCAUGUUUUGUAUAUAUUUGGACAUUAAUAUUAUUGCAUUUGUGAUAUGUGUGCUACAUUUCAUUUAAACGGUUGUCAAACUUCAUUUGAAAAUUUUUUUGUCUCUCCUUAUAUGUUUUUAUACAGUGGUAUUUUUUGUUGGGAUAAAACCCUAAGGUUAAAACUGUGAAAAAAUAUUAUUUGUUACAUUUAUUUCUAAAAGGUUGUAGAGUAAGAAAAAAUGGACUAGAACAAUUCAUUUUUACAUAAAAUAUGUGAUAUUGAAAAUAUGUAAACCAAAAACGUUAAAUAUUGAAAUUAUUCUGGUUUGUCCAAUGAAAUAAAAAUGAAUAUAAUUUUUCCGUUUGUUUAAAUCAUUUAAUUUGGAUGUGUUCACAAACUUAAUUUUGUAAUUUUUUUCUUCAAAAUAUUGUUAAUAUAAAACAGACUGAUUAUUCAAAACUGGAUGGAAAAAGAGUUGUGGGGGGGUCCAGUUCUAAUUUACUUUCAAUAAUUUAACUCCAAAUUUCCGUUUCUACAUUUUCAUUUUAUUACAAUUUAUAUUAUUUAAUUUGUGUUCAUUUUCAAAUUACAAAUCAUUCAUCAAUGAAAACCAUAAAAAAUAGUUUAUGAUUUUUCUAAAGGAAUCUGCAAGUAAAAUUUGUUAAUAAUCCUACAAAAAAUAAAGCAGAAAAACUUUAAAGAUAAUUUAGUUUUGCAGAUUUUUUUUUAACUAGUGUUAACAAAAAAUAAAGGUUAAUAAAGACUUAGUGUCAGGCAUUAUAUUGUUUUUAAUUUGAUUCUGUCAAUGUUAACAUUAUAAGUUUAGACAAUAGACAUCUGAAAAUAAACAUCAUAUACAAAUUCAUUCUAAAACAUUCUUUAUAAAUUUUCAUUUAUAUUAGGUCAUACUAAUAUUUGUUUUUACAAUAUCUAUGAUCAAUUUUUAUACGACUGCCAAAUUUUUUAUCAAACCGGUCUGACCUUUAUAGUAGAAGUGAGACUUGUCAGACAGAACAUGCCUUUGCUGGAACCAGUUCGACAGCAAUGAAAUUUAUUAAUUAUUUGAAGAGAAAAGUCUGUGACCUUAUGUCUAACACAACCAAAUCAUAUUUGUCCAGGUUUAAAUUCACAAGUGAUGAAAAUUUCAUGAUUUUUAUUGAAAUCACCUGAUUUAAUUUGUCAAUGAAAGAAUGUUGUGAACAGUUUUUCUUUUAGUCACAUACUUUGAUGAAAAUCAUGGAAAAUGUUGUAUUAAAAAAUUCCCGAGAUGCUAGGGUUUCCAUCAUUGGAAGAUUUCACUUUUAAGAUACUUUAAACCAUUUUGUGUUUUAUACGUUCUCCAAGAUGUUAAAUACAUGCCAUUUUAUUUACACAUAUAUCUUUUCUUAAGUAUCAUUAUUUCAGAAAUAAUUUUUUUUAUCAAUUCAAAGUUGUAAAAUAAAAGUUUUUUGCAACUAUAUCACUUUGUUCAUAUAAGGUUGUAUUUGUAUAUAUAUAUAUUUGCAUAUAAUCAUGUGUUUUUGAGUGUAAACUCUAGUCAGAUACUCCACAGUGCCAAACUGAUGUAAAAUACUCUUUCUACUAUAAUAUAUUUCAUGCAUGUUUUAGCUUUAGUGUGACACAAUAAAUUUGUCAAAAUGACA